AUGGCUACGAUUACAGACCACCCCGUGACGAACCCCGAAGAGGGAGUCAAAUACCUGACCACAGACGAAAUCAGCUCGUUCCUCGACGACCUCGACCACAACGACGACGGCUACAUCGACUACGCCGAAGUCGAGGCGAAACUCGACGCCGCCCACGACGCGCUCGCGCCCAGCAGCCAGGUCCGACCUCACCACAUCAUCAAGAAGAAGCAAGACUCCUCUCCUCCGGAGACACAGCAGCAGAAACAACAAUCCUCCUCCUCCUUUCCCUCAUCAAAAGACCAAAACCGCCUCCGCCAUUAUUUCCUCCGCUCCAUAAUGGGCCUCCCCGGCUCCGACCCAGGCACGCAAUCCGACCCGGCCGCCGACGAACGAAGCCGCUCCCACCGCAUCCCCCGCGCCGCCUUCGCCGCCCGCGUCCGGGACUGGAAGAUCCCCUCCCUCCAACAAGACGCCGACUCGGAGGAGUCACAGCGCGCCUUCGUCCACAAGCUCCGCCUCUCACGCCGCCUCCGCGCCUACUGGGCCGUCCACGGUCCCGAAAUCGCCUUCCUCGCCCUCGUCGCCGGCCUCGUCCUCGCUUUCGGCGUCUGGCAGUGCGUCAAAUACGUCACGCGCCACCCUUACCGCGCCGCCUUUGGCUGGGGCGUCGUCAUGGCCAAGACGUGCGCCGGCAUGCUCUACCCGACCUUCUUCUUCCUCCUCCUCAGCAUGUCGCGCUACGUCUCCACGCUGCUCCGGCGCUCCUAUCGCGUCUCCCGCUUCGUCAACUGGGACCUGAGCCAGGCCUUUCACGUCAAGAUCUCGUGCAUCGCGCUGGCGCUCGCCACGCUGCACGCCGUGGGCCACCUGACGGGCUCCUUUUACCACGGAAGCCGCCCGGAGCACCAGGACGCCGUGGCCGAGGCCCUGGGCCCGGAUGCGGUCCCGAGGCCCUACGUCGAGUACGUCCGCUCGCUGCCCGGCUUCACGGGCCUCACGGCGCUGGGCCUCUUCUACGUCCUCGCGCUGCUCAGCAUGCCGGCGGUGAGGCGGUGGAACUACGAGGUCUUUCAGCUCGCGCAUCUCCUCAUGUACCCCAUCAUCGGCCUCAUGAUGGCCCACGGCACCGCGGCCCUACUGCAGUGGCCCAUGUUUGGCUACUUCCUCGCUCUCCCGACGCUGCUCAUCCUCGUCGAGCGCGCCGUCCGUGUCGGUACAGGGUUCCACAAGAUCAGGGCGACGCUGAGGAUUCUCGACGGCGAGACGGUCGAGAUCGCGGCCACCAUCCCCAGCGAGCGCAUGUGGAAGUACCGCGCCGGACAGUACGUGUUCCUGCAGGUGCCCGCCAUCAGCGCCUUCCAGUGGCACCCGUUCACCGUCUCCAUCUGCAAGGGGCGGGAAUUCCGGCUGCACAUCAAGACGGACGGGAACUGGACGAAGCGGCUCCGUGAUUUGGGCGGGGAGGGCAAGGGGGAGGGGGCCGAUGCCGCAACGGAGAUCGAUGUGGGCGUCAACGGGCCCUUUGGCGCGCCGGCCCAGCGGUUCUACGACUUCCACCACACCAUCAUUGUGGGUUCCGGGAUCGGCGUCACGCCCUUCUCGGGUAUCCUCGCGGACCUGCAGGCGCGUGACGACGAGGAGCACGGGGGACCGACGCAUUCGCUUCAUCAAUCUCACCACCAAAACCGUCACGACUCGGAGACGACCGUCGUGACGGAGAAGAAGGAGGCCGACGAACGAAAGGACUCGGAGGCGACGGCGGCGGCGACGGCGGCGACAGAGGCCCCGGACGGAAACGACCCCACGAAACCGCCCAACCCGUCAGAAGCCUUCACCUUUGCGCCCGACUACCGCCGCGUGGACUUCCACUGGACGGUCCGCGACCGCAACUACCUCCUCUGGAUCGCCGACCUCCUCAACUCGGUCUCGCGAAGCCAGGACUGGCACCGCCACCACGAGGGCCCCUCCCAGCACCUCGACAUCCGCAUCGCCACGCACGUCACCCAGAAGCGCCGGGACAUUGUCACGCACGUGUACCGCUGGCUGCUCGAGAUGCACCGCACCAGAGAGCACCCAGAGAGCCCGUUGACGGGCCUGCUGAACCCGACGCACUUUGGAAGGCCCGACUUUGACGCCAUACUGGACAGGCACUAUGAGGAUAUGCGCAAGUUCCGGGCCAGCAAGAGGAGCCAUGCAAACGCCGGCGGCGGGGCCACAGCCGGCAGCAUAGUCGUCAAGAGAGGAGGAGGAGGAGGAGGAGAAGUCAGCAACGGCGGCAGUGCCCGUGCCAGGGACGCUAGAGCCGACGGCCGCGGUAGUACCCGAAGCGCUAGCGGCGAGCGGUGGGACGUGGAGGAGGACGAGGACGAGGACGAGGAGCUAAAGGUCGGAGUCUUUUACUGCGGAGCACCGGUGGUCGGGGAGAUCCUGGCAGACAAGUGCCGGCAGCUCACGGUGCGGGGGCGGCACGACGGCAGCAAGAUUGAGUACCACUUCAUGAUUGAAGUCUUUGGGUAA